AUGUGGCUCAAUUUGUCAAAGCGUUGGGCGAGACCGGAAAGAGGUAAAAAUUUGCCGGCGAUGCCCUAUGUGACCAGUUCAUCAUGCGAGUGCUAUUUCUUCCGCUGGAACGACAGCUUCGCUGAAGUCGUCAAGCGUCCAAAAGAGUUGGAGGAUUGUGACCAGCUGGCCGGCCGAAUUCACCUCUCAGGCAGUGGUCAACGCGUGGCACAUUGA